UCUUAGAUUUAUAUUAAUAAAUAUAUGCCAGUUAAGCCAACCCUUUCAAUUAAAAAGACUGCUAGGGUUUAUCAUCUCCAUCUUCUUCUUCUUCUUCUUCUCCGAUGGCGUCUAUCGCCGCGCCACCCAAUUUCUGUCUCUCUCAGAUCACUUGCAAAACUCGACCUCUCUCUCCCUCUCUUCUCCUCUUCAACUCUAGAACUUCCCAUUCCUCUCCAAAUCCUUGCUUUUCCUCCUACUCUUCCAAUCCCCUCAUUAAGACCAUCAUUUCCUGCUCCCAAUCUUCCUCUGCAGCCCCAUCUCCUGCCGCCCCUCCUCGCCGCCGCCGCCCUCAGUACAUUCCCAACCACAUCCCCGACCCUUCCUAUGUCCGUAUCUUCGACACCACUCUCCGCGACGGCGAGCAGUCCCCUGGCGCCACCCUCACCUCCAAGGAAAAGCUCGACGUUGCUCGCCAGUUGUCGAAGCUCGGCGUUGACAUAAUUGAGGCUGGAUUCCCUGCUGCUUCCAAGGAUGAUUUUGAGGCCGUGAAAACAAUUGCUAAGCAAGUGGGAAAUGCCGUCGAUGAGGAUGGUUAUGUGCCGGUUAUUUGUGGAUUAUCGAGGUGUAAUGAGAAGGACAUUAGGACUGCGUGGGAGGCUGUGAAGUAUGCCAAGAGGCCGAGGAUUCACACGUUUAUUGCGACAAGUGAGAUCCAUAUGCAGUAUAAGUUGAGGAAGAGUAAAGAGGAGGUGUUGGAGAUUGCCAGGAGUAUGGUUAAGUUCGCCAGGAGUUUGGGGUGUGAUGAUGUAGAGUUUAGCCCAGAGGAUGCUGGCAGAUCUGACAGAGAGUUCUUGUAUCAGAUCUUGGGUGAAGUUAUCAAGGCUGGUGCAACAACUCUGAACAUACCUGAUACUGUUGGGAUAACAUUGCCUAGUGAAUUUGGACGGUUAAUAGCUGACAUAAAAGCCAAUACCCCUGGAAUAGAAAAUGUCAUUAUUUCAACACACUGCCAAAAUGAUCUAGGACUUUCUACAGCUAAUACUUUAGCAGGAGCACAUGCAGGUGCCAGACAACUUGAAGUAACAGUCAAUGGCAUUGGUGAAAGAGCUGGAAAUGCUUCAUUGGAGGAGGUUGUUAUGGCCAUAAAAUGUCGUGGAGAGCAUGUUUUAGGAGGUCUUUAUACUGGAAUCAAUCCCAAACACAUUACUAUGGCAAGCAAGAUGGUAGAAGAAUACACUGGUUUGCAGUUGCAGCCACACAAGGCUAUCGUUGGAGCUAAUGCUUUUGCUCAUGAAAGUGGCAUACAUCAGGAUGGAAUGCUAAAACAUAAAGGUACAUAUGAGAUUAUAUCUCCUGAAGAUAUUGGGCUUGAACGUUCCAAUGAUGCAGGGAUUGUCCUUGGAAAACUCAGUGGCCGCCAUGCUUUGAAAGAUCGACUAAAAGAGCUUGGUUAUGAAUUGAAUGAUGAGCAACUUGGCAAUAUCUUUUGGAGUUUCAAGGCAGUAGCUGAACAAAAAAAGAGAGUCACUGAUGCGGACCUGAUAGCAUUGGUGUCAGAUGAAGUUUUUCAGCCUGAAAUUGUGUGGAAGCUUAGUGAUCUGCAGGUUACUUGUGGAACACUUGGUCUCUCUACUGCAACUGUUAAACUCAUUGAUGCUAAUGGCAAAGAGCACAUUGCAUGCUCCAUUGGAUCUGGGCCAGUAGAUGCAGGAUACAAGGCUGUCGAUCUCAUUGUGAAGGAACCAGUUGAACUUCUUGAAUACUCCAUGAAUGCUGCUACAGAAGGCAUAGAUGCGAUAGCCACUACCCGUGUUGUAAUUCGUGGAGAGAACCUUCACACCACUAAUGCUAUAACAGGCGAACCACUUCUACGUUCAUUUAGUGGAUCCGGGGUCGGAAUGGAUAUUGUUGUUUCCAGUGUGAAGGCCUACAUUGGUGCAUUGAAUAAGAUGUUAGCUUUUAAGCAGCAGUUGCCAACGACAAGGGUUUCUACGGAUAGGACCCCUGUAUCUGCAUGAAAUUUUGGAACACCCAGCGUAGUGCAUGUCAAUUUGCCUUAAUGAUUUUUAGACAUAGAGAGUAGAGGUGCUAUUAUGUAAAAGGGCUGGAAAAGACAAUUUGUCUACAAUACUUACAUUUUAAUCCUGUUUUGGCUGUAGUUUUUGAAGAACUUAUUUUGGUUUGAGAAUGCGUGGAUUGAAUGAAAGCUUGAGUUUUGCGUCAA